UACGCCACAGCAAGAUGGCCGACGCGGCGGCCGCGGCCGGGGCCGGCAGCUCCGGAACGAGAUCAGGAAGUAAACAGUCUACUAACCCUGCUGAUAACUACCAUCUGGCCCGAAGGAGAACACUGCAAGUGGUUGUGAGCUCCUUGCUCACAGAGGCAGGGUUUGAGAGCGCCGAGAAAGCAUCCGUGGAAACAUUGACAGAGAUGCUGCAAAGCUACAUUUCAGAAAUUGGGAGGAGUGCCAAGUCUUACUGUGAGCACACAGCCAGGACUCAGCCCACACUGUCGGAUAUCGUGGUCACACUUGUUGAGAUGGGUUUCAAUGUGGACACUCUCCCAGCUUAUGCAAAACGGUCUCAGAGGAUGGUCAUCACUGCUCCUCCAGUGACCAAUCAGCCAGUGACCCCUAAGGCCCUCACUGCAGGGCAGAACCGACCCCACCCGCCACACAUCCCCAGCCAUUUUCCUGAGUUCCCUGAUCCCCACACCUACAUCAAAACUCCGACUUACCGUGAGCCAGUGUCGGACUACCAGGUCCUGCGGGAGAAGGCUGCAUCCCAGAGGCGCGAUGUGGAGCGGGCACUCACCCGUUUCAUGGCCAAGACAGGAGAGACCCAGAGUCUUUUCAAAGAUGAUGUCAGCACAUUUCCAUUGAUUGCUGCCAGACCUUUCAGCAUCCCCUACCUGACAGCUCUUCUUCCAUCUGAGCUGGAGAUGCAACAAAUGGAAGAGACGGAUUCCUCGGAGCAGGAUGAGCAGACAGACACAGAGAACCUCACUCUUCACAUCAGCACGGACGACUCCGGAGCCGAGAAGGAGAACACUUCUGUCCUGCAGCAGAACCCCUCCUUGUCGGGAAGCCGGAAUGGGGAGGAGAACAUCAUUGAUAACCCCUAUCUGCGACCUGUGAAGAAGCCCAAGAUCCGCAGGAAGAAGUCCCUCUCGUGAGCUGAGGAGGAAGCCUGGCUCGUCCACGGGCCUGGACACCACCCACCUGGGGAGUUAAAGCCACUGGAGGGAAGAAGAGAGAGUGACCUCUUUGUGGCUGAGCCAAGGCUGCGGAUGUGAUUGGACAUGAUUUUAGUAGCAAACCUUGUGUUAAGAUGACCUGUUUUCACUGGAUGUUUGGGUUGAGGAAGAUAUGGUAAUAAUGAGGCUUCUUAAUCAGCGAGGACGUAGUACUGUGGGCGUAGCAGCACCCGGGGACUUCAUUUGCUGUCAUAGGACUUGAUUGCUUUGAAGCCCAGAAGACCAGGGAACAUGGCAGGAAAAAAGGGUUCUUUGCUGCUUUGCUUGCUGUAAUACCAAGAAGACUGCUUGCCCAGGGUGUGUUUCAGGAUUUCUGGAUCCCUUUUGUUGACUCACAGACAGUUUAUGGCACUGAUUUGUCAUGACAGGACCUCAUUCUUUCUUCUCUCCUCACUUGGGCUCCAAGUGCCCUGCUGAGCUGACGGAAAGCGACUUUGCGCUCCCUCGACACGUUGGCAACAGGAGGCCCACACGUCACAGCUGUGUUCUAGGGCUGGCAGGAGUUGCGAGCUCAUCACAUUCUCACAACGUGGAGGACAAUGACAUGCCAGAGCGGCCCUGAUCCUCUGGUCAGCGUUUGAUGUGGGGCAGUGCUCUCUCUCCCCCUCUGUGGUCAGUCAUUUAUCGUCCCUCUGUGGAGUGUGUGCUUUGGGAACUACCACGUCCUGCCCCUCCUGGGAAAAGAGGUCUUCUCUGACAAGAGCCUGGAGCGUUGACUGUGUUAUGCGGUGACUUGAUAGAGGAGCCAUAAAUGUUUAAGUUGUAGGAAAAGGAUUUGGUGGGGUGGGAAUCUGAGGGCUAGGCUUGGCCUUGUCUUCUGAAAGCUGAGAAAUUUCGCUGGUCUGCCGGAAGGCUGGUGUGGACGGAAGGCCACGUUCCCACCUAGCGGUGGAAGCGGGCUGAGAGGAGCCUGCAGUCUAAGCUGAGGUGUUCUCCAGGAAGCAGAUCUGAAUCUGCUCAACCUCUUUGCCUCUUGGAGAAGGAAGACUUCAUACUGGAUGUACUCAACAAACCAGAAAAGAAGUUUUUAAGAAAGAUGCUGGGCAGGCUGAUACCCUUUGAUCUCGGAAGGAAGAAAAAUGCCCGUAAACACCUGGAAGUUACCACUGGAUAAACACGCUGUUUCCUGGGUUAGAACCCUAAGCUCCAUAUUUAACUAGAGUCAUCUCUUAAUUGUCUGUUCUCUUGAUGAAUUUGAAAACUCAAGAAACUUGGGGACUUGCCAGCAGACUCUAUGUCCCCCUGGCAUCACUGUUCUCUGGGACACUCUGUCCCUUUGCCCUGAAGGAAAGAGCUGUUUUUCUGGGAACUAAAGAGGGGACAAAAAUGAGAAAAUUGGAUUCCCCAAAUUAGACUGAGUCUGUGCCAACCCUUCGGAGUUUGUGAUUCAGCUCUUGGCAGUUCUUGGCCUGGCGAGUUUAAAUACAGUCCCAGGUUCAAGCCAUGGCUGAACCCAGUUUGCUGUUCUCAUUGCUCUUGCGAGCGGUCAUCCCAGUCAGUGUUUCCGCAGGUCCUCGCUCGCUAUUAUCCCACACCAGCACCUGUUGGAGGCCCUUGUGCUGCAGGAUUUGGAAAAGGGUUGCCAUUUCUGCUGCUGAGAUUUCAGAGGCUGUGCUCCUGCCAGUUGUGGAUGGGAGACACUGGGAGAGGGUUAGACAACUUGAAACACUGACCUGCCAUUGUUGUGUAAAAACUGCAUAAUUCUCAAUGUGUAUUUAUAAAUUUCUAUUUUUUAUAGCUUUGGGGGAGUUCUUGGAAAAAGUAGUAGAGACGGAUUAAAAAUGUGACUUA